UUUUGUGUUUUCUUCCUUUUUAUCGUUUUUACUAGUCGUAAAAUCGUAUGAUUUACUCUUUGAUGAUUCUCUGAGAUUUUUUGGAGGAUUAUGAUGAUUUUCAAGUAUUUUAAGUUCGAAUCUCAGAUUAGGGGUUGGGUAGACGUCACAGGCAUGUGCUUUUCCCUUUUUUUAAUUAUAAAAGAAGUAAAUAGCGAUGCCUAUCGCCUUUGUUGCGGAUGAACUCGUAUUACUUUAUUCAUUAUUAACUGUCGCUCGCGUGAUUGGUUGGAUAUAGCAUGUUGUGUAGCUUGCUAGCUACCUAUAUCUUCCUGACUUGGUUUAUUAUUUGAACAUAUACAUAUUCUGCUUACAUCUUAUCUUCAAUUGCUUUUGGAUCCAGAUUUCCUUUCAAGCGCAACUGGUUUAUCUCAAAAAAUGGCAAAAGGCACACGAGGAAGACGCAGAAUGGCUUCUAGAAACUUCCGGACAACCCCAUACCCAAUCCUCCCUAAUUUAUCAAACCCAAAUGAAAAAAAAUCCCCAAAUGAAAUUGAAACACCAAAAAAAGAUUGGGAAGACAUAACAUGUUCAGUAUGCAUGGAAUACCCUCACAAUGCUGUUCUUCUUUUAUGUUCUUCACAUGAUAAAGGUUGUCGCCCUUACAUGUGUGGCACUAGCUCUCGUUACUCCAACUGCUUAGAUCAAUACAAAAAAGCCUACACAAAAACCACCCUCACAAACGGGUCGGGUUUCGACCCGUUAACGGGUUGGCCCAUUGAGAGGAAUCUUGAAGUUGCUGAGCUGGCAUGCCCACUGUGUCGUGGGCAAGUGAAAGGGUGGACUGUGGUGGAAUCGGCUCGUGAGUAUUUGAAUUGUAAGAAGAGGACUUGUAUGCAUGAGGACUGUGUGUUUGUUGGUGCGUAUAAGGAGUUGAAGAAGCACGUGAAGGCGGUGCACCCGGCGGCUAAGCCGCGGGAGGUGGACCCCGACCAGGAACAGAAGUGGCGGCGGUUUGAGCGGGAGCGGGAGCGCGAGGAUGUCAUUAGUACGGUUACAUCGUCGAUGCCGGGGUCGGUCGUGUUUGGUGAUUACGUGAUUGAACGGAAUUCGUAUGAUUCGGAAUCGGAAUCGGAAGAUGAGGAGGGGUUUGAUGUCGGUGGGAAUCGGAAUCGGAAUCGGAAUCGGGGAUUGGAAGUGCCGGGUGAUGACGGUCUUGUUAAUGUGUUUCUUUUGUUUCAUGCGUUUGGUGCCGGUGAUGGCGGCGGUGACGGUGGUGGUGAUGGUGGCGGCGGCGGUGGUGGUGGUGGUGGUGGGAUGUCGUUGGUGAAUCGGCUCCGGCGACAGGGGCGGGUUUUGCUUGGGAGGUCGGGGAGAAGGCGGAAUGGGAAUCAGGAAGUAGAGAUAGAUGGAAACGAGACGUAGAUUUGUGUAUAAAUUGGGGUGUAAAGAAGGGAAUCAGGAAGUUAGUUUUUAGGGGGGAUAAGAAAGAGAAAUGGUGAUCAUUGGAAUUGGAAUUGGAAUUGGAAUCAUUUCAAGUUGGAAAGAAAGUAGGUUGUUUAUUUUAUUUUUUUUUUAAGAAAAUUUGUGUUCUGACCAAAAUUGUUGUAAUUUCUGUUUGUAAUUUUAAUUUGCUGAUUCCCUACCCAGGAUUUGUUUAUGUUUAGUGAAAAGUGUUGGGUUUUGAACAUUCUUUGGAUUUGGAUUAUUACACUUAUGUAAAGAUUUGAUCUCUUUAAUCAAACUUUUGUGUUAUACA